GUCAGUGGCAGGAGCGCGAGUCGGGGAAAGGAGAGGCGCCGUCAUGUCGGGGUUCGACGAUCCGGGCAUCUUCUACAGCGACAGCUUCGGCGGGGACUCCGCGGCCCAAGAAGAGGGCCAGGCCCGCAAGUCGCAGUUGCAGCGGCGCUUCAAGGAGUUCCUGCGGCAGUACCGGGUGGGCACGGACCGCACCGGCUUCACCUUCAAAUACAGGGAUGAGCUCAAGCGCCAUUACAACCUGGGCGAGUAUUGGAUCGAGGUGGAGAUGGAAGAUCUGUCGAGCUUCGAUGAGGACCUGGCUGACUACUUGUACAAGCAGCCGGCAGAGCACUUGCAGUUGUUGGAGGAGGCCGCUAAGGAGGUGGCUGAUGAGGUGACCCGGCCCCGGCCCAGUGGCGAGGAAGUGCUGCAGGACAUCCAGGUCAUGCUUAAGUCUGACGCCAGCCCGUCCGGCAUCCGGAGCCUGAAGUCGGACACCAUGUCGCACCUGGUGAAGAUCCCUGGCAUCAUCAUCGCCGCCUCUGCCGUCCGUGCCAAGGCCACCCGCAUCUCCAUCCAGUGCCGCAGCUGCCGGAACACCAUCACCAACAUCGCCAUGCGGCCCGGCCUGGAGGGCUAUGCCUUGCCCCGGAAGUGCAACACGGACCAGGCUGGGCGCCCCAAGUGUCCGCUGGACCCCUACUUCAUCAUGCCCGACAAGUGCCAGUGUGUGGACUUCCAGACCCUGAAGCUGCAGGAGCUGCCCGAUGCAGUGCCCCAUGGCGAGAUGCCCCGACACCUGCAGCUCUACUGUGACCGGUACCUGUGCGACAAGGUUGUCCCUGGCAACAGGGUCACCAUCAUGGGCAUCUACUCCAUCAAGAGGUUUGGCCUCACGUCCAGUCGGGGCCGCGACAGGGUGGGUGUAGGCAUCCGCAGCUCCUACAUCCGGGUCCUGGGCAUCCAGGUAGACACCGAUGGCUCUGGCCGCAGCUUUACGGGAGCCGUGACCCCUCAGGAGGAGGAGGAGUUCCGGCGCCUGGCCGCCCUCCCCAAUGUCUACGAGGUUGUGUCCAAGAGCAUUGCCCCCUCCAUCUUCGGGGGCAUGGACAUGAAGAAGGCCAUUGCCUGUCUGCUCUUUGGGGGCUCCCGGAAGAGGCUGCCUGAUGGGCUCACCCGGCGCGGUGACAUCAACCUGCUGAUGUUGGGGGACCCAGGCACAGCCAAGUCACAGCUGCUGAAGUUUGUGGAGAAAUGUUCACCCAUUGGGGUGUACACUUCCGGGAAGGGCAGUAGCGCGGCAGGUCUGACGGCCUCAGUGAUGAGGGACCCCGCAUCCCGCAACUUCAUCAUGGAGGGGGGCGCCAUGGUGCUGGCUGACGGUGGCGUCGUCUGCAUCGAUGAGUUUGACAAGAUGCGAGAGGAUGACCGUGUUGCGAUCCACGAGGCCAUGGAGCAGCAGACCAUCUCCAUCGCCAAGGCUGGCAUCACCACCACCCUCAACUCUCGCUGCUCCGUCCUGGCGGCCGCCAACUCGGUGUUCGGCCGCUGGGACGAGACCAAGGGCGAGGACAACAUCGACUUCAUGCCCACCAUCCUGUCGCGCUUUGACAUGAUCUUCAUCGUCAAGGACGAGCACAACGAGGAGAGGGACCUGAUGUUGGCCAAGCAUGUCAUCACCCUGCACGUGAGCGCGUUGACGCAGACCCAGGCCGUGGAGGGCGAGAUCAGCCUGGCCAAGCUGAAGAAGUUCAUCGCCUACUGCCGCUCGAGGUGUGGCCCCCGGCUGUCAGCAGCGGCUGCAGAGAAGCUCAAGAACCGCUACAUCCUCAUGCGAAGUGGGGCCCGGCAACACGAGCGCGACUUGGACCGGCGCUCUAGCAUCCCCAUCACUGUGCGGCAGCUGGAGGCCAUCGUGCGCAUCGCUGAGUCCCUGAGCAAGAUGAAGUUGCAGCCCUUCGCCACCGAGGCGGACGUGGAGGAGGCGUUGCGGCUUUUCCAGGUGUCUACGCUGGAUGCUGCCCUGUCUGGCACCCUGUCUGGUGUGGAAGGCUUCACCAGCCAGGAGGACCAGGAGAUGCUGAGCCGCAUCGAGAAGCAGCUCAAGCGCCGAUUUGCCAUCGGCUCACAGGUGUCGGAGCAUAGCAUCGUGCAGGACUUCACCAAGCAGAAAUACCCAGAACACGCCAUCUACAAGGUCCUGCAGCUGAUGCUGAGGCGAGGCGAGGUCCAGCACCGCAUGCAGCGCAAGGUCCUCUACCGCCUCAAAUAGCCGCGCCUGCCCACCUGAGCCACCUACCGAAUCUUUCUGGGACCAGAUGG